AUGGCUACAAUAGGUGUUGUGACUUAUGCACCUCAUGUGAAAUUAGUGUUGACCAAUAACAACAAUCAGAAUUUGACCACUAUAGAUCCUAAACCCCUUGCCAAGCAUGACAUUUUGAUAGUACGAAAACCACAGAAAUUUGAUAAUGAAAACAGUGAAAAUCAACCCGAUUUGCUCAGGGCUAGGAAGAAGUCGAAGUUGAGGGAUAAUAAGUCCUCUUCAGCUCUUCCUAAUGCUGUUGCUAGAAGAAAUGCCAGGGAACGUAACAGAGUUAAACAAGUAAAUAACGGAUUUGCAAUGUUGCGCCAACAUAUUCCUUGUGAAGUAGCUGCUGCUUUUGAAUCAGCUUCUGGUCACAAAUCAGGUACAGGGUCUAAAAAGCUCAGUAAAGUUGAUACUUUACGAAUGGCAGUCGAAUAUAUCAGAGCCCUAGAAGAUUUACUAGCUCUUACAGACGGUACGGAGUCUAUAACCUCCCAAAACACCACAUCGUUUUCCCUUCCUGAUGACCAAAUUUCGUUGUCACUAUCAGACGCAUCCACACCACAACAAUAUGAGACUUUCAGGGUUCUUCCUCCAUUAUUUGACGAAGAUCAAGAAAAUCAGAUACCUCUAAAUGAUGAUGAGUUGAUGCAAAGUGAUGAUCAGUUUUUGGAUUACCAACAAGAAGUAGCAAGAGUUUAUGGCAGUCUUUUGAGUGUCAAACGAGAAGUUGAUGAUGAAAAUGUCAUGGAUAGCCAAACUGGCGAAGGAGUAAUUGACGUAAUGGCUUGGUGGGAACUUCAACAGAAAAUGUCAGGUGUUGUGAGUACAUGA